UAACUAUUCAAAAAAGCCCCCAGCGGCCAACUGCCAUUCAGUGGGCAGUAUCUGAUCAUAUCACCAUUCGCUUUGGAUCAUAAAGUUCAAGUGCAGUAAGAAUGUCAUAAUGAAGCUUCUUAUCGCAAGCGGGUGUAGCAGUCUGUGCCCCUAUCCAAGAGCCACAUCCUCUCUACCCGCACGCUUAUGAAUCUUUCCCUGUUAUUUUAUCUUAUUCUAAAUCAAACACAUCCCUAUCCACAACUCUGAACCGAGAACCUUGGUAAUGACUCUAUAGCCAAAAUAAGGGAGGUAGGCUUUGCUGGGGAGGGGGGACGUCCACUGCCCAAUUUUAAACGAGAGAAAGGAAACGGCAACCAGUGGCUUAGUACAUCCAUCCAUAGUGUCGGUGUUCAUGACUCAUGUUGUAUUUUUUUUCUUUGAGACGGACUUGAGCACCUUGCCCUCUUUACUUGAAAUCAUACCAACCCUCUCUCUACCAAGCCAAUCUACCCAUGAAGUUGACCGUCGACUUGAAACCCACACCUACAUCGCUUGACAUACCCGAUAUUCCAGGCUCAGCAUCCGAUCCUGCUGUCAACCCUAUGGAUGUGUUUAGAAAUAUGGUGGCUUCACAAUUGGCCGCCCUCGGCAGUCUCGAUCCCGUCGUUGUCUAUCAAGCGAUUGACUAUCCUCGCUCUUUGGAAAACGGUGACUUGGCUAUUGCUGUGCCUCGUCUUCGUGUCAAGGGCAAUCCCGCCGCCAUGGCCAAGCAAUGGGCCUCGCAGUUCGAGCCCAACGACUACAUCACCGAAGCAUCCUGUGCCGGUCCUUUCCUCAACUUCCGCAUCAACAAGACCAUCUUGACCCAGUUGACCGUGCACGCCAUGUUGGAUAAAAAAGAAAAAUACGGACACAACUCCACCGGCAACGGCAAAAAGAUCAUUGUCGAGUAUUCCUCGCCCAACAUUGCAAAGCCUUUCCAUGCCGGUCAUUUGCGUUCUACCAUCAUCGGCGCUUUUAUCCGUAAUGUCUACGAUGCGAAUGGUUACGACACCAUUUCUAUGAACUACUUGGGUGAUUGGGGCAAGCAAUAUGGUCUUUUGGCCGUCGGUUUCGAAAAGUACGGCUCUGAAGACGAGUUGGUCGCCGAUCCUAUUAAACAUUUAUACGACGUCUAUGUCGCCAUCAACAGGGAUGCCGACGAGAACCCCACCAUUCACGAUGACGCUCGUGCCUAUUUCAAAAAGAUGGAAGAUGGCGAUGAAGAAGCGCUCGCCUUAUGGCGCCGUUUCAGAGAUUUAUCGAUUGUUCGCUACAAAGACACCUAUGCUCGUUUGAACAUUCAAUUUGAUGUGUAUUCUGGCGAGUCUCAAGUAGGAGAGGGCAUGCAAAAGGCAAUGAAGUUGCUCCAAGAAUGCCACUUGUUGGAAGAAUCCGACGGUGCCUUGAUCAUCGAUAUGGAAAAGUAUAAAUUGGGCAAAACCGUCGUUCAAAAGAAGGAUGGUACCACUCUGUAUUUGACCCGUGAUAUCGGUGCUGCUAUGGAACGUUAUGAAACGUACAAGUUUGACAAGAUGAUUUACGUCGCCGCUUCUCAGCAAGAUCUCCAUUUCAAGCAGCUUUUCAAGACCUUGGAGUUGAUGAAGUUUGAAUGGGCCAACCGUGUCGAACACGUCAACUUUGGUAUGGUCUUGGGCAUGUCCACACGUAAAGGUACCGUUGUCUUCUUGCAAGAUAUCUUGGAAGAGGCCAAAGAAACCAUGCACGAAGUCAUGAAGAAGAACGAAGCCAAAUAUGCCGAAAUCGACGACCCUGAAACGGUCGCUGACGAAAUCGGUAUCUCUGCUGUCAAGAUCCAAGAUAACUCGGCCCGUCGUAUCAAAAACUACAACUUUGAAAUGGCUCGUAUGUGCUCCUUCGAAGGCGAUACUGGACCUUAUAUUCAAUACGCUCAUGCUCGUCUCGCUUCCGUUGAACGUAAGAGUGGUUUGGAGCUCAAUCCCAAUGCGGAUUUGAGUCUAUUGACGGAACCCGAAGCCAUCAACGUCAUUCGUACUGUUGCUCAAUACCCUGAUUUAGUCAAGUCUCUCAUCAACGGUUACGAACCCUGUAACGUCGUCACUUAUGCUUUCAAAUUAUCUCACGAUAUCUCUGCCUGCUUUGAAAAUCUUUGGGUGAAAGGCGCUGACCCUGCCGUUGCCGAUGCCCGUUUGUUGAUGUAUUGGACCGCUCGUAUGGCUCUUGGUAAUGCUAUGCGCAUGUUGGGUCUCAGACCUUUAGAACGUAUGUAAAACACACACACACACACACACACA